AUGAGGACGGUGGCAACCCCAAGGGCCCUGUGUUUUCGGUCCACCCGCCCGCUCAUUCGUCGCCUGACCAUCGCAGCGAGCAGCGGGACCGCCACUGCCGCUCCACCAAGGCCGCGCCCGCCAUGGCAUCACCUGCGUGCCUCUUGGAAGGAGUGGUGGUCUCUAGGUGGCCCGAGUGUGGCCCCGCAGGAGCCGCUGGGCAGGACGCUGAAGCAGCUGUCCGCCCUGGUCAAGGAGGACUCGGCCCUGCUCACCGGCGCCAUCACGUCCAUGCUGCUGGCCGCCGGCGCAGAGCUCACCAUCCCCCACUUUGUGACGGCAGCCGUGUUUGCGGCGGCCCAGGAGGGCUCCAGCCCCGCCUUUGUCCAGUCCCUGACGCGACUCACGAUCGCAACCGCGGUGUUUGCUGUGGCUGCUGGUUUACGCGGAUACCUGUUCAGCCUGGUAAACAUGAACCUGCUCCAGCGACUCAGGUCGCGCGCCUUUCGGUCCAUGAUGCUGCAGCCGGUGGCAUGGUUUGAUGGCGCCGAUGGCGGCCAGCUCACCUCCCGCCUCGGCUCCGACUGCGCCUCCGUGUCGCGCAUGGUGGCCACCAGCGUGAACCGCGCAUACCAGGACACGCUGGCGGACGCCACGGCGCGUGCGGAGGAGAGCUUCCUGCUCUCCCGCGUCGUGCGCACAUUUGGCGCCGAGGAUGCCGCCUGCGCGCGGUACGACGAGACGCUGGGCAGGCUGGCCCACAUCUCCAGCCGCCAGGCGGUUGCCUACUCCUCCUUUGUCGUGGCAAACCACUGGGGCUACAACGCCAUGCGCGCCGCCGCCCUGCUCGUUGGCGGCAGUGCCGCGCUUAGAGGCCAGAUCAGCGCGCAGCAGCUCACCAGCUUCAUGCUGUAUGUGGAGCUCUUCGCGUCGGCCACCCUCUCCGUGGCAGACCAGUACGGACCCAUCAUGGAGAGCCUGGGUGCCAGCGAGCGGGUGAUGGCGUACCUGGGCAAACCCCCCGCGCCCGAGCUGGCGCCGGGCAAGGUCCUGGACACCGUUACGGGCGAGAUUGAGUUCCGCAAUGUCUCCUUCAGCUACCCCUCCCGCCCCAAUGUCCUGGCACUGGACCGGGUGUCGCUCAUCAUCCCCGCCGGCCGCACCGUGGCCUUCGUCGGGCUGUCCGGCAGCGGGAAGACCACGCUGGUGGCGCUGCUGCAACGGCUGUAUGACCCCAGUGUGGGGACCGUGAAGCUGGACGGGCACGACGUGCGGACCCUGGACUCCACAUGGUUCCGCAGCCAGCUGGGCGUGGUCAGCCAGGACCCCCGCCUCUUCUCGCUGACGGUGGCGGAGAACAUCGCCUACGGCACCCCCGGAACCACGCGGGCCCAGGUGGAGAGGGCGGCGGAGCUGGCCAACGCGCGCGGCUUCAUCGAGCGGCUGCCCGAGGGCUUCGACACCCCGGUGACCGACCGCCUGCUGUCGGGGGGCCAGCGCCAGCGCAUCGCCAUCGCCAGGGCGCUGAUCCGCGACCCGCCCGUGCUGAUCCUGGACGAGGCCACCUCGGCCCUGGAUGCGGAGAGCGAGGCGGCGGUCCACGCGGCCCUGGACCGCGCGAUGCGGCAGGCGGGCCGCACGGUGCUGGUCAUCGCUCACCGGCUGUCCACGGUGCGCAACGCGCACCUGACCGUGGUCAUGUCCGCGGGGCGCGUGGCGGAGCGCGGCACGCACGCCGAGCUGGUCCGGCGUGGGGGGUUGUACGCGACGCUGGUGGCGCGGCAGUCGGGCAAGCUCCACCCCGCGCCAAGCUGA